AUGGCUGCCAACGAGGAAGACUUCACGCCUUAUGACCCUGUGCGGUGUGCACACUACGCCAGGUUUGCUGCUCACUUAGACAGAUGGCAAUUUGACCUGUUGUAUUGGCUUCUGUUUGUCUUCAACCUUUUUAUCCUGUUCUUGGCAGCAUGGAAUUACACUCGGACAUUGGACGCUGUGAGCGAACUUCCCGAGACGGAUGCAAAACGAAAAAAGGCAAUCAAACGCUGCAUCUACUUCAACCUAUUCUGCGUGUGUGUGUCGCUGGCUACAGUCAUCAUGGAGGUCUUCACUCUUAUGGCAUUGCAAUUCUGCGAUGGCGAGGAUCUCAUGUCGCUUUACUGGUCGACCUUUACCAUGAUUCAGGUCGGAUCUCUCAUUGCUGUGUGCGGCGUCAUUCUAGCUCUCGUGCAUCAACUGAGACAGCGGAAGCACCCGCCCUGGGCUCUUGCUCUCGGCACGCCCGUCCUGGUCAUCGCGGGCUUGUUCCACUACUUCCACAUGUGCAUGGCACAAAGAGUAAAGAAGGCGACAUCGAGGAAGAGGAAGAACAGCGACGCCGGAACGCUCCCAAUGAGCCAAGUAAACACCAUUCAAGUCGAGUCCUCGGACGAGGAGGAUGGCAUCCAGGGAGCCGAGAUUAUCGGGCUUACAAUGGACGGCGGCCCAAUUAUCCACUUCAAAGAUGCAGUGCCCUACAACCUACCGGACUCGAGCGAAAUUAUCGGGCGCUGCGAAAACGACAAACCCAUUGUCAUCUGCCGCCGCGACGGCUUCCAGCUGAUCUACAAUGGCCAGGACGAGCGGACGCCAUCCCCCAACCCGGCAACCAAGAGGACGGGUUGAGGGCGAGGGGCGUCGGUUCCGUUGCGUCCCGCAGCGGGCAGGCCCCACCCUUGCAUUGAUGCGGCGAAGUCAAAGGCCAAAGUCUAGAUGCCCGCUGGGCGGCCAGAUCGACCACCCCCCUCCAGCCGCUACACCCACGACUUACCCCCACGUCAUGGCACCGGGUACGAACGAGCAUCGUCCCUGCAGACAGGAUGCUGUGGCACUCCACACUGCACCUCCGUUUACGCAACUAUGGAGAAUUAUGACAGCAAGACGCCCGUUCUUACCACUCGACAGCAAGACGCCCGUUCUUACCACUCAUUCGGACGGUCCUGGCCACGUCCCGUCCUCUUUGGGUUUUCUCCCUUUUACCCCUUUGGGUGGUCUAUCUUGGUCGAUCCCUGCUCUAUUGAGAGGAAGACCUAUGCCUGGCCAGACCGACCUCCAAGAUCAACCCGCCCACCGGAUACAUUGGCACCGGUCCUUCCGCACUAGGGAAGCCAAGCCAUCCGGGCACUUUGGUCACCUGACCAUUUGGCGGGCGCUGAACUGGCCGUCUUUUUACCAAGACGAACAACCAAGACGGCUAAGCAUGUGCCAAGCCAGUGGAAGCGAGCAGCACCAACCCCCCCGGUCAUGGCGCGGUGGCCAAGACGCUGAGCGGACGCCGGCCGAGCGGGAUGACGAUGCCCGCAUCGCCGUGGGAUCCAGUUUUCUUAUACCAUUGUGUUCUGCAUUUCCCCUGUUUUGUUCACUUUUCGCCAUCUGCGGCGGCUCAAGCCUCCUCUGCUCCUUUCUUUCCUCGACGAUUUGGUUCUUGUCCACGUCCGAUUCUGUUUUCGAGUCCACAUUGCAGGCUUGGCGUUUUAGGUUUCGCAGCUGAGGGGGGUGUGGUUGACUCGACAGAGACUGGACUAUCUCUUUCGCGCACUGGUAUCCGUGCGGUCGGUCGGCCACGCCCUGGCAAAAGAAGCUGCCACGGGUCAGCGUUGAGUGGGGUGGGGGAAACUUUUUACUUGCUUCCCAUUUCCUCUUUUAAACAGCCUUUUCCCCCCCCCCUUUCCGCAAUUGCAUCAGGUCGCAACGAGCCAAGACUUAUCUUUUUCUUUUCUUUUUUGCAUUAAUCUUAAAAAGUCCAGACCCCAUGACUGUUGGCUGCCUCGUCUUGCCUCUCGAGAUACAUCAUCAGUCAGGGAUGUUCGCUAGCGUCGGCAUUUGGUUAGAGAUAUCAUUGGGACUCCAGGUAUAGACGGUUUCCGGGAGAAACUGGGUCUACUCAAGUCCCCUCAACUUGUCUUAUUUAUAUCGAGAGAUUGAAGAAAUAUGUUGCUGUGGAAGCUACUGUUAUGUCCCUAUCUAGUUGGCGUGGGAACAAGGCAGAUCUAAGGGGAGCCGGGGAAAUAGGCUUUGGUAGAAUGAAAAAUGUCAGAUAAGCCAUCCAUCCAUUCAUAUAUUACAAACAUUUCCAUCG